AUGGCAAACAUCCUACAAUGGUUUCCUCGUGCAACAGCUCCAUUCAUUGCUAAUGCACCAAUGUUUGGAUUUGCCGAUGUCAGCCUAGCAACUGCUGUCACAAAGGCCGGAGGAUUUGGCUUCAUUGGUGGAGGUUUCAAUUUCCGAUCUGAAUCCACCCAGCUUCUAGACCUGGACGAUCAAUUGGCAAAUGCCCGCUCCACCCUCAGUUUGAUCAAUGAUCAACCAUUGCCCCUUGGUGUCGGCCUCAUUACUUUCCAGCCAGAUGGGCUCAUUGACAAUGCCAUUCCUAUUCUCCAGAAACAUCGAGUAGCGGCAGUCUGGCUGUCCUUCCCUCGGACUGAUGCUGAUCAUCUUCCAAUCAUACGAGCCAUUCGGAAGGCCCAGGAGAGUGACUGGGAUAUCAAAAUAUUUGUCCAGGUAGGAACUAUCAAAGCUGCAGAAGAAGCACUUCAGCAGGAGGUGGAUGUUCUAGUAGUUCAAGGAACCGAUGCAGGAGGACAUCAGUGGGCCCAGGGUGCUAGCUUAAUAUCGCUCUUACCUGAGGUGCGAGAUCUUCUGUCAAGGGCUCGGAAUACAAGCAUUGCUAUUCUGGCAGCUGGGGGUAUUGUGGAUGGGAGGGGCUGUGUUGCUGCUCUCGGCCUAGGCGCGGAUGGAAUUGCUAUGGGCACAAGGUUUGUUGCAACUUCGGAAUGCCCUGCUCCGUCUGCGAUUAAACAGACCAUUGUAUCAAGAAACGAUGGUGGAGUCUCAACUAUCAAGUCCAUCCGACAUGACGUAUUCCAAUCAACUGAUCUCUUUCCGAGGCAGUAUGAUGGCAGGGCUAUUAUCGGUGUCAAUUACGAGGAUUAUCAAAAGGGGGUCAGUGACGAAGAAAUCAUUCGACGACACAAUGAGGCUAAAGGGGCUGGCGAACAUCAACGGAGGACUAUAUGGGCCGGUGCGAGUAUUGGAAGUAUCAAUGCAGUAGUUUCUGUUGAGCAUGUCGUGCAGUCUACCCAGCAGGAUGUGAGGGUGGUAUUGGAUAGGUUGAAGGCGGGAAUUUAG